GCAAGCGCUCUGAACAAUAUGGCGGCUUCCAGCAAGAGCACAGAAAACAGUGAAAGUUUCUUAAGAAAGCGGCGUGCCAUUCCGCUUAUUUCAGACAGUCAUUCAAACGAAGACAAAAGUGAAACAGUGCAAGACGAGGACUUGAGCAAAUAUGAUAAAAAAGAAGGCGUGUCGUUACAAACAGGGACUUACUGGCUCACGCGAAUUGUACUGCUGCGAGCCAUUGCUUUUAUCUACUUUGUGGCUUUCACUGUAGCAUACAAGCAAAACAAACAGCUCAUUGGAGAGAAAGGUCUCAUGCCAUGCAAGGACUACUUGAGAAGUGUCAAGCGCUAUGUGGGUGGCAAGAUUGACUUUAAAGCUUUGGCAUACACUCCUUCAAUCCUCUGGUUUAUGGACUGGAAUGACAUGGAUGCCAACCUGGAUGGCAUCGCUCUGGCAGGGAUGGCAAUUUCUGGCUUUGUCCUACUGAUGGGAAGGGCCAAUAUGAUCCUAAUGGGAUUACUUUGGAUCUUAUAUCACUCUAUAGUGAACGUUGGACAGCUUUGGUACUCUUUUGGUUGGGAAAGUCAACUUCUGGAAACUGGGUUCUUGGGUAUCUUCCUGUGCCCGCUGUGGAGCCUCAAACAGCUGCCACGUCACUGCCCGCCUUCUCUUAUCUCUAUCUGGACCUUCCGCUGGCUCAUAGUUCGCAUCAUGCUGGGUGCGGGUUUGAUAAAGAUCAGAGGUGACCGCUGUUGGAGAGACCUUACCUGCAUGGACUACCAUUAUGAGACCCAGCCGGUUCCUAACCCCAUAUCCUACUACCUGCAUCAUUCCCCCUGGUGGUUCCAUCGGUUCGAGACUCUUACCAAUCACUUUGUUGAGCUUGUCGUGCCCUUUUUUACCUUUAUGGGACGCCGUAUGUGCAUGGUAAAUGGUGUACUUCAAAUUCUUUUCCAGAUUGCUCUGAUUAUAAGUGGGAAUCUCAGUUUUUUGAAUUGGCUAACUAUAGUGCCCAGCCUGGCCUGUUUCGAUGAUGCAUCCUUGGCUUUUCUGUUUCGCCAUUCUGGGAGAGCCAGACAGACUUUACUGAGGAUACAGACAGAGGCAGCUGCAGGUCACAGUCCACCACCCACUAAAGGUAUGUUGAUAAGGCGCGUGGUGAAUGUGUCUCUGGGGAUUCUGAUUGGGUAUCUGAGCCUGCCGGUGGUUAUGAACUUGCUGAGCUCCAGACAGGUGAUGAACACCUCGUUUGAUCCCUUACGGAUUGUCAACACGUACGGAGCCUUUGGCAGUGUCACAAAGGAGCGGACAGAGGUGGUGUUUCAGGGCACGCUGAGCGUGAACCACACUGAAGAGGGGGUGAUAUGGGAGGAGUACGAGUUCCUGUGUAAACCUGGAGCUCUGAACAGAAGACCUUGCCUCAUCUCACCGUAUCACUACAGAUUGGACUGGCUUAUGUGGUUCGCUGCCUUCCAGACGUAUGAACAGAAUGAAUGGGUUAUUCAAAUAGCAGGCAGAUUGUUGGCAAAUGACUCUACGGUUCUUUCCUUGAUGGGACACAAUCCAUUCCAAGGCAGAGAGAAACCAAGGUGGAUACGAGGAGAGCAUUUCAGAUAUAAAUUCACUCGGCCUGGCAGUUCUGGUGCCGCCCAGGGGAAGUGGUGGGUCAGGAAGCGCAUUGGGCCCUACUUCCCCCCUGUAACCCUAGAGAACCUCAGAGGGUAUUUUAAAUCCAGGGAUUGGACAUUUCCAGACAGGUAUUAAGCCAUCAUACCGGACUGAAGAGUAUAGGAGAUCUCAGACGCCGGAUGAUUUUCCACGUGUUGUGUCCGCACACUGAAGUUUAUUCUGUUUUGCCUGUGAACUGUGUCAAAGACGAUCUGUUACAUAAGGGAUUUCUUUUAACAGUCUGUUUGAGGAAUAAUGAUGUGGUGAAUGUGUGCCACUAGUCAAGGGCUGUUUCAAGUCUGCCAACAAAAAAGCCUCAAUGGCAUCAAUAUGAUUUUUUGAAUAACUAAGGGAAUACAGUAUAUACUAUAAAUGCUUUGAAGUAAUAUUCAAUAAGUAAAUUAAUGGCAAUCUGUUACCUGAAUGUACUCUUAGAAUGUAAAGACAAAGAAUGACAUCAUUCCUAUACUGUAAAUGCCUUGCGAAACCAUGCAUUGUACACAAUUUUUGAUGGAAAACCACUUUUGAAUCACUGAUGAGCAAAAAAUUUCUUCUUUUCAAUUAAACAGAUGAGAAGAGUACACUCAGAGUUUUAUUUUUUGUUCCUAUAGGUUUCUGAGACCCCCACCCUGUUUCAAACACUCGGUAGCUGCUCUAGAUUAUAAUAAUUAGCAUAAUGUCUAUGAUGAUGUACUUUAAUCAACUGCUAACGAGGGACGUCUUGGGAUGCCAUCCCAAAAAGGGUCUCACUAAUAUCUUUUUUUAUCUUUUCCUUUUCUAAAAAAAAUUGUGUUGGGGUUGAUGAGACUAAAUUACUUUUUAUAGUGU